CCCCUAAGGAGCCAUGAAAGAGUUCACACUGGGGAAAAGCCUUACAAAUGUAAACAGUGUGGCAAGUGUUUUAGCGAAGCAGGACACCUAAGGAGCCAUGAAAGAGUUCACACUGGGGAAAAGCCUUAUGAAUGUAAACAGUGUGGCAAGUGUUUUAGCGAAGCAGGAACCCUAAGGAGCCAUGAAAGAGUUCACACUGGGGAAAAGCCUUAUGAAUGUAAACAGUGCGGCAAGUGUUUUAGCCAAUCAGGAGACCUAAGGAGUCAUGAAAGAGUUCACACUGGGGAAAAGCCUUAUGAAUGUAAACAGUGUGGCAAGUGUUUUAGCGAAGCAGGAACCCUAAGGAGACAUGAAAGAGUUCACUCUGGGGAAAAGCCUUAUGAACGUAAACAGUGUGGCAAGUGUUUUAGCAAAGCAGGAACCCUAAGGAGCCAUGAAAGAGUUCACACUGGAGAAAAGCCUUAUGAAUGUAAACAAUGCGGCAAGUGUUUUAGCCGAUCAGGAGUCCUAAGGAGUCAUGAAAGAGUUCACACUGGGGAAAAGCCUUAUGAAUGUAAACAAUGCGGCAAGUGUUUUAGCCGAUCAGGAGUCCUAAGGAGUCAUGAAAGAGCUCACACUGGGGAAAAGCCUUAUGAAUGUAAACAGUGUGGCAAGUGUUUUAGCCAAUCAGGAAAACUAAGAAGCCAUGAAAGAGUUCACACUGGGGAAAAGCCUUACGAAUGUGAGCAGUGUGGCAAGUGUUUUAGCCAAGCAGGUAACCUGAGGAGUCAUGAAAGAAAUCACUCCGGGGAAAAGCUGUGUUUUAGCCGAUCACAGAGCCUUAAAAGUCACGAGAAAGUCCACAGUUCGCUCUCACAAAGAGAAACUGGAAAUACUGCUAUGGAAAAUCUGCAACCAGACAUUAUUGAGAAACACAGCUGUUGGGUUUGCCAAGAGGAGAUGAAUAGUGAAGCUCUUCUUCUUCAACAUUAUGAAAAUCAUAUGAUACAUAUACCAGAAGAUGGUUCGUAA